CUCUCUGCGAAACUUCAGCUAAGUUUUUGGCUUGUUUGGUGCAUUAGAGCUGUGCCCAUGGCUCCUAACUUUGGCUUGAAGUCCCUGGCAAUCCUGGCUCUUACACUUGCAGUCUGUGUGCAAGGUUCUCUAGGAGGAAUAACAUGUGAGAACCUUAACAAGGACACAUGCGCCUUCGCUGUGUCAUCAUCCGGCAAGCGCUGUGUGCUUGAGAAGCACGUGAGGAGGAGCGGAGAGGAAGCAUACGUGUGCAGGACGUCGGAGAUUGAGGCUGACAAGGUGAAGGACUGGGUGGAGAGCGACCAGUGCAUUGAAGCCUGUGGGCUCGAUAGGAAGUCGCUUGGGAUAUCAUCGGAUUCUCUGCUGGAGUGUGGGUUCACCCGGAAGCUUUGCUCUACUCAGUGCUAUAACGGCUGCCCCAACAUUGUUGAUCUCUACUUCAAUCUCGCUGCCGGUGAAGGUGUAUUUCUACCAAAACUAUGUGAAGCACAAAGGGGUGAUGCGAGGAGAGAAAUGGCGGAGAUCCGAAGCUCUGGUUUUGUGGCACCAGGGCCAGUAUCAGGGGUCAAUUCUGUGAAAUACGUGGUUGCCCCUGCAGUGGCCCCUACUUCAGCCUAGAUUUUUACAUAGAAUGGACAGUUAUAGACUUCAAAUAUAAGAAAGCAAUAAGCAAUAAGCAAUAAGCAAUAUGCAAUAAGCAAUAAGCAAUAAUUAAAGGGUUGAGUGAAAGUAUUAGAUGCCCUUAUUACUUGUAUAUCGCUGAAACAGUAGCUAGCUAGCUCUCAUCACGUUGUAUCAUUUUUAAAAAAUACAAAGAUAUAGAAUGAUAAUUAUUUUUGUGUGGGAUUA